AUGGAAGAGCUUCACAAGGCCGAGCAGGAACUCGCUGGGAUCUGGCGCUAUGUGUCCACGAACCUGUCCUUCCGCGGGCACGACACCUCAGCCCAGCAGCUUUUGACGUUCUCUAGCGAGGAGGAGCUGAGACUCGAGGAGAAAGUGAGCGAGGGCAUUGCCGCAUAUCGCUGCGCGCUCUUGGACGCGCAAAACUGGAUCCAAGAGCUGCAGGACGCCAAGGAGGCGGAGGAAGCAGCGGCGAAGAUGGAAAAAUACACCGUGCAGCUGCAAAUCCACGUGGCCAGCUGCAGGAAGGCUCUCGUGGCCUAUCGCCAGCGCGCCAAGAUCGAGCGGCUCGAACAGCAGCGUCAUAGCUUGCUGCCCCAGAGUCCACGGCAGGCAAAGGUCUCAGCCAGCACCAGCAGCAACUCAGGCUCGGCUGUGGAUGUUACGGCGGCACUCAAGCGUACGAGGCAGGUCAUGUCACAAGAAAUUGAGCGUGUGAGCUCCGUGAGCAAAGUGCUGGACGACGGACGUUUGAGCCUUCGCAGUUCCCGCGAGGAAUAUGGCAGUGUGAAUGCAGAGAUCGUCGAAGUGCAAAAGAGACUCAAGACACUCGAAUGGCAGGCCAAGCAGGACAAAAUGUGGAUCGGUGCAGGAGUCAUGGUGCUGCUCUCGACUGUGUUGUUCAUCGUGUACGAGCGAACGGGCCUCAUUAUUAUUUAG